AUCCUGGGUAGGGUCCACCACCAACUCACUUCACAGAGCGACAUGGUAUUGGCGCAAGACACGAAAGUAACCGACGCCUCUCUUCUACAACCUGAAUUGCAGAAGAAGAGGGAACUCAAUUUCGCAACCAUGUGGAAGCCUCUCGAAGCCGUCGCGAGUAAUACCUUCCGCCGUUCCAUCAUCUCAGCAAUCAAACCGAGUUUCCUAUGUCAAAACGUCAAAUCCAGAAAAAUACACCCCACAGGCUGGCUCGAUGGAGUGCGUGGAUACGCGUCUCUCUUUGUGUUUCUUUUCCAUUUCAUCCACUGUUUCACAUACAAGUGGCUGGUCGGUUAUGGCAGCGAAGACAGAGGUGGCGAUAACUACAGAUUCUUCCUACUUCCGGUAGUUAGAAUGACAUACGCUGGCCAAGCCAAUGUUGCCAUAUUCUGGGUGUUAUCAGGAAUAUCGCUAUCACUGAAGCCAGUGCAGCUGGCGCGAGAACAGAGUUGGGACAGGUUUUUCGACACCAUGUUCUCUUCCAUCUUCCGCCGAGGAAUGCGACUCUACCUACCCGUGUUCUUCGUUCAGAUCUGCGUCAUUACCGCAGCUUGCCUGGGAUUCUACAACUAUGCCUGGGCACUGGCGCAAGAAUGGCCUUUUGGGGGAGUGAACGAAGCACAGUUCGAAGUCCUAGCGACAAAUUGGGAGCAAAUCCAGGACUGGCUGGGCACCAUGUGGGAACUGUUGAAUCCAUUCCUCCACACAUACCCGAAAUACGACCUUCAUCUCUGGACCAUCCAGCGGGAAUUCCAAUACUCGAUUGUUCUGUUCGCUGUACUGGUCGGGUUUUCCAAACUACGAUCUCACAUCCGAAUCACGCUCGUUGCGUUGCUAUUCACAUAUUGCAUGAAGGUCGAUCAGGGCGACAUCGCGCUGUUCAUCGCCGGCAUGGGUCUCGCGGAGUACUUACAAAUCCGGGCUGAGAACGCUGUACAAUUGCCAUCGUCAGAGAAGCCCUCUACAGACGAACACAGCCCCACGUUACUUUGGGGCAUUCUCCUCUAUACAGGGUUGCAUCUGCUUUCCUGGCCUUACGAAGGCGCUGCUACAUCGCCUGGUUACAUCGCCCUCAGCAACGCCUUCACCGACUUCAGCAGCGAAACUGACCAACGCCAAAUCAUCGGCGACCAAUGCCGUCGCGUCGGUGCUGCCGUUUUUCUUUUCUCGCUAUGCGGCUGCGAAUGGUUCCGCAAACCUUUUAUGACAAACACCGCCAUCUACUUGGGCAAGAUUUCCUUUCCUCUUUACAUUAUUCACGGUCCGAUCAACCACAUGAUCGGCUACCCACUCGUGGAAGCUAUCUGGAACCGGAUCGGCAGCGAGUCGACUUUCACGUAUUCAUUUGGAAUUGGGUUCGGUUUCUGCAUUACAGCUAUGAUAGUCAUCUGGCUGGCUGACAUCAUGUCUAAGCUGGUCGACGCGCCUAGCGUACGAUUUGGGCGAUCCUUGCAGGAAAAGUGGUCCUGUUAG